GUGGGUUUUGGGGUCUGCAGGUCAUCUGUGGGCAUGGUGAGAGGCUGGGGUCCAGUCAAGAUCGUGGGGCAGAGUCUUAUGGUCAUGGUGUCUGCACUGGGGUUAAUCCUUCUGCAGCUCCGGCUUAUGGGGCAGGGGAAGUCCCAGCGUCUGCCCUUCAUCGCUACCUCUGCACACCCCAUGUUUUUUGGUGGAGCAGUUUGGUGGUCGUGGUGAUAGUUUUUAAGUGCAGUCUUAUCUUUUAGAAAACGUCUUAUUUCACUUUGUGAACUUUAAGGAAACAGAAUUGGAGAAAGAAGAUAAAAAGAAGCAUUGUGGAGCAGCUGUUUUAGGGAGACACAAAUACGACACUGUCUCAAGAACUUGAAAGAGCGCCUGUGGACAGGCCAUCAGCAAUGGUGAGUCAGGAAGUGCCAGGCUUGUCUAGGUGUCUUGGAGAAGCAUGCACAUCAGAUGAAUUCGGCACAUCCUGUGAUGAAGUACUUAACCCUAGCGAUGUAAUUGAACAAAUGGGUUUCGUGUGGGGAGAAUGUCCGUGGCAGUCAGUGCAGAUUUGGGUUGGGCAAGCACAGACUAACAUGAAGUUUGGAUAAAGCCUGAAGCUUCUGCAGUCAUGGCCAAAGCUGACCUCAAGCCAAAAUCUAUACGUCAUGCCAAAAAUUGGUCAGAUGAGGUAGAGAACUUAUACAGAUUUCAGCAAGCUGGAUACAGAGAUGAGUUUGAAUAUAAACAAGUAAAACAAGUUGAUACGGUGGAGUGUUGGCCAGAAACUGGAUUUGUAAAGAAGCUUCAGAGAAGGGACAAUACCUACUAUUACUACAAUAAGCAAAGAGAAUGCGAAGACAAAGAAGUUCAUAAAGUGAAAGUUUAUGUUUAUUAAUUUUGUUACUUUUCCAAUAUUUGCAUUGUUUUAUAAAUCUGUUGGUUAGGAUCUGUAAGUAAAUGGGAUUUGUGUAAUCUGACUUAAGUACAGAUGUCAUUCGUAUAUAGAAUGGGGAAUGUAGGAACUGUAGAGUGACCUGGAAUUAUAGACAGGGGAAUUUCAUUUUUUUUUCCCUGUUGUAAUUAAAAGUAUUAUUAUUGCUGGUUACAAAUGAUUUGAUAUCAAAAAUAAAAAAUGAAAAAACAUGGCAAAGGGA